AUGGCCGUUAUUCAAACCCUCGAAGGCCUCCAAGCCGGGCACUACAAAGGCACGAAACGGCUCAAGCUCUCCAGCAAUCUCACGACUUUCCCACGAGAAAUCCUCUCCCUUUUCGACACCUUGGAGAUCCUGGAUUUGUCCAAUAAUCCACUCACCAGCCUCCCUAAAGACAUUUCCCGUCUCCACAAACUAAAAAUCGCCUUCUUCUCAGACUGUAACUUCGCCCUCUUCCCCAAGGAACUUGCACAAUGCCGUUCCCUGGAAAUGAUCGCUUUCAAAGGGAAUCACAUGACCACCAUUCCUGAAGAUGCUUUCCCUCGCAAGCUUCGCUGGCUCAUCCUCACAAACAAUGAGAUCGCGGAGCUGCCGAAGAGUAUUGGACACUGCCACCGUCUGCAGAAAUGUAUGUUAGCCGGCAACCGUCUCACCUCUCUCCCCACCGAGAUGGCCUCUUGUCGCAAACUCGGACUCCUUCGCCUCUCAUCGAACAGACUCACAGACCUCCCAACAUGGCUCUUCUCCAUGCCCGAACUCUCAUUCCUCUCCUUCGCCGGAAACCCAUGCACUCCAUCCACAGAAGAUAAUCCCACCCUUCCCUCAAUCUCUUGGUCAGACCUCUCCGUUUCCGACCUGCUCGGCGAAGGCGCCUCGGGUAUCAUCUCAAAAGGCACAUGGAAGACACCCACUUCCACCCAAUCAAAACCCGUAGCAAUCAAGCUCUUCAAAGGCGAAGUAACAAGCGAUGGCUCUCCAGCCGACGAAAUGAACGCUUGUAUUGUCGCUGGCCAGCACCCUAACCUCAUCGAUCCGAUCGGGAAAAUCCACGGGUAUCCAGACGAGAAGCGUGGUUUGGUGCUCGAACUCAUCCCACCACAUUAUACGAACCUGGGACUCCCGCCUACCCUGGAUUCAUGUACGCGCGACUCGUACCAUCCCGACACGGUACUCUCCGUUGAGAAAUGUAAAAGUAUUCUUCUAGGGAUCGCAAGUGCGGCGAUGCAUUUGCAUGAGCGGGGAGUUGCGCACGGAGAUCUAUACGCGCAUAAUAUACUCAUCGACAAGACUGGACAUGCUCUUCUUGGAGAUUUUGGCGCCGCGACGAUUUAUAGCAGAGAGAGCGAGCAUGCUGAGAUGCUGGAGCGGAUGGAGGUUUUGGCGUUUGGGCAUCUCAUUGAGGACUUGUUGGGAUUCGUGGAGAGGAGGGUUGAUGAGGAGGGGGGGAUGGGUGAGAAGGAUGCGUUUGUUAUUGAAGGUUUGAAUUUGUUGCAUUGGAAGUGUACGGCGCCUGUCGUGGUGGAGGGGCCAUGUUUUGCGGAUGUUUUAGAGGAGCUAGAGGGUUUAUAG